AUGCGCGUGGUCUGGGCCUGCCGCUGGCUCCGGACAGCGUACGCUCUGCUCGGGGACACGCCACGGCGCUCGGCUUCCCGGGGCGGCCCCCGCCGGCACAGGACGCAGAAGGACUGCAGAGCUGGGUGGGAAGAGGAAAAGAGCACAGAACGGGUGAAGUGGAGACAGCUGGAGCACAGAGGCCCGUACUUCACCCCCCAAUAUGAGCCCCUUCCGGACAGAGUUCGUUUCUUCUAUGACGGAAAGCCUGUGAAAUUGAGCGUGGCAGCUGAGGAGGUUGCCACUUUUUAUGCAAAAAUGUUGGAUCAUGAAUAUACGACAAAGGAAGUUUUCCAAAAUAACUUCUUCAGCGACUGGCGAAAGGAAAUGACAGUAGAAGAGAGAAAAGUCAUCAAGCACCUAGACAAGUGUGACUUCACGGAGAUGCACAGAUACUUUGUGGACAAAGCUGCAGCCCGGAAAGCCCUGCCCAGGGAGGAAAAGCAGAAGCUAAAAGAAGAAGCAGAAAAACUUCGGCAAGAGUUUGGCUACUGUAUUUUAGAUGGUCACCGAGAAAAAAUAGGCAAUUUCAAGAUAGAGCCACCUGGGUUGUUCCAGGGCCGUGGUGACCACCCCAAGAUGGGGAUGGUGAAGAGGAGAAUCCUGCCGGAGGACGUGGUCAUCAACUGCAGCAGGGACUCAAAGAUUCCUGAGCCACCAGCGGGUCACCAGUGGAAGGAGGUGCGCUCGGACAACACUGUCAUGUGGCUGGCCUCGUGGAAAGAAAACAUCCAGAGCUCCAUCAAGUACAUCACACUGAACCCAAGCUCGAAGCUGAAGGGGGAGAAAGAUUGGCAAAAGUAUGAAGUAGCUCGACGCUUGAAAGGGGUUGUAGAUGAGAUCCGUUCUCAGUAUUGGGCAGACUGGAAAUCACGAGAAAUGAAGAGAAGACAAUGUGCGGUGGCCCUUUACCUCAUCGAUAAGCUGGCGCUGAGAGCAGGGAAUGAGAAGGAGGAAGGGGAGGAGGCCGACACCGUGGGCUGCUGCUCCCUCCGCGUGGAACACAUCCGACUGCACCCAGAGGCCGACGGCCAGGAGCACGUUGUGGAGUUCGACUUCCUGGGAAAGGACUCGAUCCGCUACUGUAACAGAGUGCCCGUGGAGAAGCCUGUGUACAAGAACUUACAGCUGUUUAUGGAAGACAAAGACCCUGGGGACAACCUCUUCGACAGACUGACUACGGCCAGCCUGAACAGGCAUCUUCAGGACCUGAUGGACGGGCUGACCACCAAAGUCUUCCGAACCUACAACGCCUCCGUCACCCUGCAGGAGCAGCUGCAGCUACUGACACGUGCUGAAGACAGCGUAGCAGCCAAGAUCUUGUCUUACAACCGCGCCAACCGAGCCGUGGCCGUUCUCUGCAACCAUCAGCGAGCAACUCCCAAGGCCUUCGAGAAGUCGAUGCAGAAUCUCCAAACAAAGAUUAAGGUGAAGAAGGAGCAGGUGGCCGAGGCCAGGGUGGAGCUAAAGAGGGCGAAGGCCGACCAUAAGACCCGAGGGGAUGGCAAGUCCAGGAGUUUUCUGGAGAAGAAGAGGCGGGUUCUGGAGAAGCUACAGGACCAGCUGGCAAGGCUGAGCGCACAGGCCACAGACAAGGAGGAGAACAAACAGGUGGCCUUGGGCACGUCUAAGCUCAACUACCUGGACCCCCGGAUCAGCAUCGCCUGGUGUAAGAGGUUCGGGGUGCCUGUGGAGAAGAUCUACAACAAAACGCAGAGGGAGAAGUUCGCCUGGGCGCUCGACAUGGCAGGUGAAGACUUUGAAUUCUAAUGGUUCUGUGUCUUCAUGGAAACUUUAUAGUUUUUUCACUAUUAAAGCAAUAUUGGGAAAUUUUAUACAAUGAAAUGUUUUGCACAAGUAUUUUCUUAUGUCAUCAUAGAAAAAAGUCCCUGACACCUGCUGGCACCUUGAUCUUGGACUUCCCAGCCUCCAGA